UAUAUUAUAUUUCUAUGAGUUGUUUAUAAUGUUUUUAUUGUGAAAUAUAUAGGCCUAUCUCAUACGAAGAGUCGUUCUCCCUACAAUAAAGAUACAAUAAAAUUCAAUUUGAAAUAAUAAAAUGUCAAUGAAAAUAAACAAAAUAUGCAGAAAAUAUAUGUACUAACCUGAAUUUCUGUUCCUGCUCCCCUUUUAAGUUAUCAAUGAUAUUGGACACUUUGUAGUAGUGUUUUCUUUCUCUCUGGUUGCCGACAUGAGCGACAGUGUCUAGAGAAGACCGGUCCAAUGGAAUUAAAUUCAUCACCAAUUUUCCAGUUGGCUUGAGUAAUUUACGAAUCGGCAUUUUCCUGUCCGAAUAUUGAUCAGAUUACCUACAUAUUUUCAUUGAUGUAACCUCUGAAACCUACAAAAUACCUAGAAAAAAUUAGUUUGAGGCAGAUUGUACACCAUGUUUAUUUCUCCAAGGAAACCCACACAACGCGAUCGGGACGUCACAAUAAGCGUAUAACAAACGUGCAACUUUAUGACGUAACCACUGUCCACGCGCGACGUCACGUCAUGAGUGUACAGUAUAAUUGCUUAUUUCUCGCUUCAAACGUGAGAGUGCGUGAACGUUAUAUACAUAGACUAUUCAUGUCAAUUCACCGUAUAGAUCUUAAGGAAAAUAUAAAUAUUAUUACUGAUGCAUCUCUGAAGAUCUACUUUACAGUUGUCAGAUAUAAUCCGAAAGCUUGAAUUAUAUUUGACAACCGUAGAUUUCAGAGAUGCAUCAGUAAUAAUAGGCCCCUACUUAUACAUUGACUAUACACUAUGAAACUGUCACUUUCCCUGUGGAAAUGAUUUUUUGGAGGAAGCAAACUUCAGAGACGGGAUACGCUUUACUUAUGCAAUGACAUAAGUUACUCCGAUUUUAGACUAAAUGUCAUUUCUGUUUUGAAAAGACACUGAGCAUUGAGAUUGCAAUGACUUGAUUUAUUUGAUCAGCCCAUAAUAUGACGUAGUAAUAGUCCUAGUUGUUUCAUAAAAUCUAAUGCAAUAGGCCGAUCAUGAAAUGAUAGCACGAAAGUGAACUGAUAGCGGAAUUAAUAGUUUACCGGUAGUCAAACUGUACAUCUCGUAUCUAUAUAACAAUCAGUUUAGCCCCGAUGACAAGCAGUAAGCCGAGCCUGACCUAAUUUAAGAAUUUAAGCUAGGGCGCCGUUGCAUCCAAAACAUUGACAGAAUUAUGACAGUUGGUCGAAGGUGCAUGAUUGUUGUUAACAUAUUAGGACGUAGAAAUGAAGAAUAUAGAUUUCUUGACAUACCUGGGUAUUUGCGUUCCAAAGAUACUAGAACUGACAUCUGAGAGUCAGAAAGAUUUACUUUGUGCAGUUAUGCUGUUCGUAAAUCAUCUGCGUUUGCUAUGAUUUUGGACAGAGUUGCCUCCUAGAGAAAUCAUGGAAAGCAAGUCGAAUAAUUUAACACAGAGCACUUCUUUUAUCGCGGGGAGUUCGGAAAAGACUCCGUUGUUGAAGCCAACAUGUGACGACGGGGCGGCGGAGGGUCCCGAAAAAAUUUCGAACGGCCGCGGAGGAUGGCGGGCGGUAACCAUUAUAAUGGUUUUGGAUUUUCUGCAGCACGUGGCGUACUUCACCGUGGUCACAAAUAUGGCUAGUCUGUGGUACGUUGAAUUCAAACAAACAGACGUGGAAUCUUUGAGCUACAGAAUGAUUUUUAUUGGUGUUUGUCAUUGCAUGUCAUUAGUGGGAGGAAUCAUGGCAGACGUCUUUGUGGACAAGAAGAAAAUGCUAGCCGUAGGAUUUACUGCCUAUCUUACAGGCGCAAGUUUAUUGGAGGCAGCAGCUGCAGCAAAACAGUGGCCUGUACGAGAAAACGUCGCUGUUGCCGCCUUAGCAUUAUGUGUGAUCGGGGAAGCCUGUAUCUCUCCCAAUUUGGCUGUCCUGGGCGUCACGCAGUUAUCCAAAUGUGAGCACAACUGUGAAUUAUUCAUUCACCCUGCCUAUCUGUCUGUCUGUCUGUCUGUCUGUCCACAUGUCUUUUUGACAUUGUGUAUCUGUUCUUGA